AUGAAUAUUCGUCUGAUGCUGGAGGGGACCAAUAACAAUGACGGACCAAUAUGGCGGUCUUGUUUGAAUUCAAUGCAAAUGCCAUACCGAAACAAGAAACUAUUCUAUUCCAUCGGAAUUACAUUGUUAUUAAUAAAUAUACUUCAUGAGUAAAGUGCUAUCUGCCUUUUCCCGGGUCAGCAAACCUCUUGUUAACAAACAAACAUCUGCUGGACAUCUAUAACUAUUUUUUUAAUUCGUCAUGUGGGGGGAAAUAGAUCCUCCAUUAACAAAACCCAUUCCAGGUCCUUCUGAGAAAAAUGACAGAACUGAAACACCUGACAACACACGCAUGGAUUUGGAGACUCAAAUGUUCCCUGCAUUUGUGUUGAAAAAGCCAACGAGCCCCAAAGAUAGCCCGCAGGACAAACAGGAUUUUCAGGUCUUAUCCCCCAGUGUGAAUGCCAUGUUGGAGGCUGUCGCUUUGAGUGGGAGCCCGGUCAAGAGCCAGCAAAUAGGAGAAGCAGACCUGACUCUAGAUCAGCGUCGAGAGGAGCUGUUACAACAGUACAAGAGCAAACCGCUUGUUUUCCUUGAAAGGUACCAGGCCCAUCUGAAGCCUCAGCAUCUGGCUGCGUUCUCCCACCUCGGUUCUGACCCAAGGGCCAAGCACUACUGCCGGGUGAUACAAAGAAGGCCUGGAGGGCAUGCCGACAGGACGAGGGUUCGAAAUCAUCGCUAUGCGGCCCUUAGAGCCCUGCAGAGAGAGGGUCAGUACUUCAGCGAGGAGCAGAUGAGAAACAGGGAGCUGCUACUGUAUGAGCAGUACAUCGGCCAGUACCUGACAGAUGAUGAGAUACUGGAGCGAUCCCAGGAGUUGAUGCAGGACGGUGCUGCUCAGGGAAGGUCGGACGGGCCAGAGGGGUGUGCUUCCGGGGGGCUGGCCCACAUCCUCCUCAACUCCUACCAAGAGCGACUCCUUCAGAGCCGUCUGGAGGAGGAGCAGGAGAAGGAGGACGGCGCCAAGGAAGAGGAGGAGGAAGACGAUGAACGUAAGGAUGAUGAAGACCUCAACGACGCUGGGCAGGAGGAGCGGCAGGGAGGGCCCUCGCAGGAGGAGAAAGCCCUGCUCCGCGAGGAGUUCAUCGGACAGAUGCACCAGCGCUUCCUAUCCGGCCAAGACAAGGACUUCAACUACAGUGAAGUGGACGAGAACCCAGACUAUGACAACCUGGACAUAGUGAGCAGAGAUGCAGAGGAGAAGUACUUUGAUGAUGACUAUGAUGAUGGUGAGGAGGAAGAAGAAGAGGAGGAGGAGGAAGAAGAAGAAGAAGAAGGCGAAGAGUAUCAGCGUAAAAAUAAAGAUGGAGAUGAGUGUAUGACAGAAUAGAAAGGUUCACAUUGGUUGAACUCAUAAUUCAGAACGGUAUUCAAACAUUGUAAAACAUUUUAUAUAUUUCAUCUGUUGUAAAUCUUUGACCAGGACUGUAAUAAUUAUGUAUGGUGUACCUUUCUGUAGUGUAUCAAUGACAUUCUCUCGCUGAAAUAUUCAUUUAAAUUAGCUUUAUUUGCAGGAAAAGCAGUCUUAAUAAAAGGUGAUUCAAGUAUUGUUUA